AUGGCAGACAAAGUGUACCGCGCCAGCACGACGGCGCCGGUGAAUAUCGCCGUUGUCAAAUACUGGGGCAAGCGCGAUUCGAAGCUCAACCUGCCGACCAACAGCUCGCUCUCGGUGACGCUUUCACAGGCCGACCUCCGCACACUCACCACGGCUUCCUGUUCCGCUUCGUACCCCGCUUCCCAAGGCGACUCGCUGCUCCUGAACGGCGAACCGUCCGAUAUCGCGGGGGCUCGCACCCAGGCAUGCUUCCGGGAGCUGCGCACCCGCCGUGAGGCCCUCGAGGCCGCCGAUCCCUCCCUCCCCCAGCUCUCGACAAUGCCACUCCGCCUCGUGUCCGAGAACAACUUCCCAACCGCCGCGGGCUUGGCCUCGUCCGCGGCAGGCUUCGCCGCACUCGUGCGGGCCAUCGCCAACCUGUACGAGCUUCCCGCCUCGCCGUCCGAACUGAGCUUGAUCGCACGCCAGGGUUCUGGGUCGGCAUGCCGCAGUCUCUUUGGCGGAUAUGUCGCCUGGCGCAUGGGCGACGCGGCCGACGGCAGCGACUCCAUGGCUGAUCAGGUCGCCGAGGCGUCGCACUGGCCCGACAUGAGGGCGCUAAUCCUCGUCGUUUCGGCGGCCAAGAAGGGUGUAAGCUCGACCUCGGGCAUGCAGCAGACGGUGGCCACCUCGGGCUUGUUCCAGGAGCGCAUUGCCAAGGUCGUGCCGCAGAACAUGGCGGCGAUGGAGAAGGCUAUUGCGGAGCGCGACUUUGCCUCGUUUGCCGAGGUCACCAUGCGCGACUCCAACUCGUUCCAUGCCACCUGCGCCGAUACCUACCCGCCCAUCUUUUACAUGAACGACGUCUCGCGCGCCGCGAUUCGGGCGGUGGAACAGAUCAACGCUGCGGCAGGGAGAACUGUGGCCGCCUACACGUUCGAUGCCGGUCCGAACGCUGUAAUCUACUACUUGGAGAAGGACACCGAAGCGGUUGUCGGGACUCUUUACCACGUACUGGGUGGCGAGGUCGGCGGCUGGAAGAGCACUGUUGUUCAGGGGUUGAAGCCGAGCAUCUCUUUGGAUGAAGGGGUUGCCGGAAUCCUCAAGGCUGGUGUUAGCCGCGUGAUCCUGACGGGGGUUGGGGAGGGGCCCCUAAAAAGCGAAGAGUAUUUGGUUGCCCAGGACGGAAGCCCGGCAAAGAGAUGA